AUGGAAGUGCUCCCUGACUUGAGAGAAGCGACGCCAUGUCCCGGCUGUGACACUGAAACAAGCUCCCCAUUAUCUGAGGACAACCUUGCACGACUCAUCAAUCUGAUCCAACAGCGCACGCGUAUUCUCGAUGAGUUCAUCCAAGAGGUCACGAAUUGGGAAGAUUACGCCACGCUCGAAGCCGAAAAGUCCGAGAAGAACAAGUGGUUGAGCUUGCUGGAGGCAGCAAGAGAUACCGCCAAGCCAGCGAACGCAAGCUAUCUUCGUCGUGUCGAAAGCGAGUGGCGCGGCUUGCCUGGCUCUCAUGAGCUAGGAUCGUAUAUCCGACAUGGUCGGCUAAGCAAUAGACAAAUUUCAACAUCAGCGUGGGCCCACCUGGCGUGGCAAGACUAUGUGCCGCCGUCUUAUAGAUUUGAGACAAGCAAGACGGUAAUCCUUCGCCUGGCAGUCAUGCCUGUGUCUAUGGGAAGCUCGACAGACAUCACCUGGCACAAGUUUCCUGCCGACGUGCCAAAUCACCUUGCCGCACACUGGGAUCUACUGCACAUGCACGAUGGUAACUUGAUUUCAGUCUUUUUGAUCGAUGAUAUCGGCCCAGCUGAUGUUGUCUUCUUCGGCCACUGGCUGCGCAUGGCGCCAUCAGUGUUCGUUUCACACCUCUGGCGAGACCUUCUGGACACCCAUCUCGAUCAUGGUGUGCAGUUCGUGGAAUUUCCAUCCGUCCGCGCUCCAUACGAUGAACGGAUCGAUACGCGCGGUAUGGUCUUAACAUCGCCGAUACCUGCUGUCAAAUCCCCGGCAGCACGCCUGGACCUGCAGAAGACAGGCUUUGAAGUAAAGACCGUUCUGGAUCGUGCCUAUGACCCCUCGUUGGCGGAGUCCCUUCUUGACAUCGAUGAAAUUCGCCGCCAUGCAGACAUUCCAGGUGGUCUCUCAGGCGCAAGCAUCAUCGCCGAUGCUCUCUCAGUGUGCCGGACAUAUGAAUGGCCACGUUUCUGUGCAAUUCGGGAAUCCCAGUUGAUUAUGCGUCUAAUUCAUAUGCUGGCACUAGCAGCUGCAAUCAAUUCAAUUCAAGAAGUCCUUGAUGCAAAUAUUCGCGUCAUGCGACACCUGCCCACGGAAGAGAGGAUCGCAACAGUGCGGGUGAUUGACUCUCGAGCAUCUGCGCUUCGUGUGCUGUUGAACCAGCAUCAUGACACUAUCGAACAUUUGCUGAGAGAUGAGGCGCUGCAGAUCCCUUCGAGUAUAAUCGCAAAGAUGCGUGAGAUCACAUCAGCGGCCAUACAGACAGCUGCGGCUCUGCACAAGAAGCUUGAUGCUCUGGCGCUCCUUAUCAGGCGCGAACAAGAGACGACUUUGACUGAUCUCCAGAUCGAGCUCACGCAGACCCAAAUCCGGGAGAGUCGCAAAGCCAUCGAACAAGCGACUACCGUCACACGUCUGACAAUUCUUGCUUUUGUCUACAUUCCAACCUCGUGCGUUUGCGGAAUCUUCGGUAUGAACUUCGUGCAGACUCCUGACGGUUUCGAAAUUUCGACAUUUGCAAUCACUCUCUCUAUUGUCCUGACCACGACAGUGUGGUUAGCCUUCGCGCACAAGUUCACUACGUUUGCAGUUCGAGUCUGCUUCUACCAUACCCGGCAAGCCUUCGAGGCGAGCGAAGGCGAGCGAAGGCGAAGGGUACCUGACGCCUGUCGCGUUCUUGCUGGUGUUCAUUGCAUUGAUACUCGACGACCUGUGGCUCCCUUGCAAACGCAUGUACCUUAA